GUAAUCGAUGGAUAUAUGAAACUCAAUGCAAUGUCCUAGGAUGGAUGCUUGCAUAUCUUAAUCCAGAGAAAAUGAGCGGAAAACUUAUUCAAAGGGCUGUGGAUACUUUUCGUAAUUUGCAGCCAGGAUCUAAAUCAAGGCGAGUAGCUCUACAGGAAAAAGUAUUGAAUGGUACAUUACGAAAAC